CAGCCCAAAUAUUUUGAUAAUGGACAAGGUCAUUGCCAGCCCAAAGAAUUCAUUUUCUUCUCGCCCUAAAGCAGAGUUUCAUUAAUGGUUCCCUCGCAUUCUCCGCCCGCGUUUUGACGCCUUCUUUAAAUCGGCUCUCCGGACUGGAGUCUUCGUUUCGUCUCUCCGGUGUCCUUCUCAAGUUCAGAAUUUCAGAUUUAAGGCAAUUUAUCAUUCAAACUCUUACCAGAAUCAAAUGGCGAAUAGCAGAAAAAAGGUUGCAGAAGACCAAAGCUUAAAAGAUAGAAUCAGUGGUCUGCCACACAAUGUUAUUGAUUGUAUUCUUACCCACUUGCCUAUGCAAUAUGCUGCAAGAACUAGUGUUUUAUCCAGAAAAUGGAGGUACAUCUGGGCCACAUGCUCAGAGAUUGUGCUUGAUGAAGCCUUUUACACCUUCAUAGACAGAAGGAGAUCUUAUUUGCACACGGUGCAUUAUGCAGAAGUUGUGAGUAUGAUUCUCUUGCAACAUCUUGGGCCCGUUCGGAAGUUUUAUAUAGAGGCUUCACUAUCAGAUAUACAUUUCAUGAAUCUGGAUCAAUGGGUUCUGUUCGUGUCUAGGAAUGGUGUGGAGGAACUGACACUUAGGCCAUCUUCUAUAGGUUAUAAAUUGCCUUCUCACAUUUUUGAAUGUCAGCAUCUAACACGAUUGAGCAUUCAUAGAAGUACCUGGGCACCACCUCCUGGUUUUGGAGGCUUUAACCACUUGACUAGCCUCGCUUUGUCUUCGUUGAGUCUCUCAUCAAACAAAGAAAGUGACGUGCUUAACACUCCAAAUCUUAUUCACUUGGAGUUUACACAUUGUUAUUUUUGUGUCAAUGCCCUAAAAGUCCAUGCUCCUCUACUCCAAACCUUAAUCAUUGAUAGUCGCCAUAAGGUUGAACUGAGCUCUUUUCUGGUCUUCCAUGACCUGAAAAAUGUUAAAGUUUUUUCUAAACAAGAACGGGACAUUACACUGUCUGGAAAUUACUCCCUUCAAGACAUUAUUCCAGAUCUUAUCAGCAGUUGGCCAGGAGUUGUUCAGCUCCAGCUAAAUGGGUAUCUACGCCAGAAUAUGGAUGUUCUCAAUAAGAGUUUAAGAUGGUCAUCCUUCGCACCUGAUUCCUACCAUUCGAAGCCGAUAUAUAUUACCUACCUUUUGACCUCGCUCUCCUUGCUGAAUGUGAAUUUGAACAAUAAGUGGCAGAUAUCGCAGGCCAUGUGGUUGCUUGCAAAUAGUACCAGUCUGAAAUUUGCAACAAUUGCUACAAAGGCAUCAGUCCCAAAUCACUCUGCAGUGGAGGACGAUGCGAUAAAUUUGGAAUUGCCAGCAGAGGCGAACAAGAUGGGAAUGAGCAGUCUAGAAGUUUUGGAGAUAACAGAGAUUUCGGGGUCAAGAGCCGAAAUGUUUUUUCUCAAGGAGGUACUCGCUUCAGCCUCGUCCCUGCGUGAAGUUUCUAUAGGGAUUGCAAAAUGUGACGCCACAGUGGAGCUGAGGAUUUCAAAGGAACUGUUGCAGUUUCCUCGAGCAUCCACAAAAGCUGAAGUGAAACUGUUUGGCGCGGCCGACAACCCCCCAAGUACGAUUCGCUUUCCCUAGUAGAGUCAUGACUGGUUUUGGGUUGCCUUUAAUUGGACAUCUUUUUGCCUUGAUAUAUAACAAGUUUUUGGGAAUCACACUCUUGCCUAGUAUAUUCAUGGCUGGUUUUUGAUUGCCUUGAAUUGGACAUCUUUUUAGUUUUGGUUGACUAUAUACAUUGAUCUAUACCAAGAUCUUUGGAGUCACAUGCUUGCCCAGAGUUAUAUAUAUAUGUGACCUUUAUAUCCUCCCUCUUACAAAGAACUUCACACUUCUCUUUGGUUGUUCUAAAAUAAAAUUAUAUGUAUGGAUUAUAUACUCAUAAAGAAGGGAUAUAAAGGUCACAACAUUUCUUUUCUCAACCAAACACUCCAUCAGACCAGAACAUUUUAUCGCUGCUUCAGUUUGGUUGAACAUAGCAACGGGUCAUUUAUUAGUGUUUUGAAAAUGAUAUCUAUUCUUAAAGAUUAACGUUUUUAAAAAUAAUGUACACCAUUAAACUUUUAUCUUAAAUGCUAAAAUUAAUUGAAAACGUGAUUUCCAAACGAGCCAUUAGGCAUUUGGCC